CAUGUGGGAUGGACAUGGUAACAGUUGAACAUUGUAAACUUGAUUUUCUUGAGUCAUGAGGUAGUCCUGCAGUGAGUAAUUUCGCACAUGUGAUGAUGUCAGCGUUGAGAGAUUACACGAGCAAUGCUCAAAAGAAUACAACAUGAACGAAAAAUUGAAAUCGAAAAUUUCGACACAACAACAACAACAUAUUACGUUAGCCGGCGCUUUAACCGGUUCAAUAUCAUUAGUAGGUGAUUUUUUGCAGUUCCGAAAAGCUGAGAACUAACGCUUUUCUCAUCGUAAAGAUGACAUCAUUUGUUUUCGUAAGGCUUGCCAGUAUUCUACCAUACAUAAAAAGGUGUUUACUGAGCAGUGAAAGGAGAGAUUCGCUGAAAUCAAUUCAAACUAGACUUUUGAAUUCUACAGUCGUUUCCAUUAAUGUCUGCCCAUCCUCGACAAAUGUUUUGUCAGCUUACAGCUCUUAUGUUCGUCCUAAGGGUAUUUUUAACAAGGUAUUACCAAAUUAUUUCCAAACUCAACAGAGAAAUCUGCUCAGACACGUCAGACGCCCUGUACCUUUUAACAUGGCGCAUCAUCUAUAUGGGCAGCUUAUAGAAAACCACGAAAGGAUAAAACCGAAAAAUACUGAAGAUGGAGUUUCCCUGCUCAGAAGACUUGCUACAGCUGGCAGUCCUGAAGAACAAAUCAAAACACUGUCCACGUCUGAUAUUAUAAUGUGUUUAUAUGCUUGGCGUGAACAAACAGAUUUAACCUCCAAAACAACGAGUAUCGUCCAAAGCCUGUAUGAUGAUAAGAAGACACGAGUUACAGGACGCGCUGAUGCGAAUCUGCUUCUUCAGGUGGAACUGUCCAAACGGGUGAAGGAGGAAGACUUGGAGACAUUAUUUCACUGUGCUCACGCAGCAUUCAGUAGUAGAGGGAGAAGGUUGUAUUUUUUGACCUCCUUUUUUGACCAUAUUCUCGAAGAGUUUGAUGAAUUGUCACUGACGAAAUCACAGUUUGCCAAGAUACUUUUCUACAUUUAUUACCAUGGAGAUGCUCCAGAAAGACUGCUCUUCAACCUGCAAAAUUACUUGUCUGAAAACAUGAACAGUUUUGACUUCAAUGAAGUUCAUGUAGCUUGUCUGGGAUUUUUCCGGGCAAACAAGCGAAUUAAUGAUUACGCCAUUUUGAACGCUCUUGCUGACAGACUUUUGCAGAACCUAAACAUUGUAUCUGGAGAUGCUCUAGUCAGCAUCAUGAAGACUUUUAGACAUUCAGGGUUUACCAAAGUCAGCUUUUUCACUGAGCUUGCUGAAAGGUUGACCUCCAUGAAUCUGCCGAACAUUACCUCUCUGAAUCAAGUCAUGCACUUGGCGGUGGCAUUUGGAUCACUGCGUCUGUACCACGAAGCCUUCUUAGCGUCUCUGGUUUCCAGGAGCAAACAGAUUCUCUGCACCACUCGUAGUUCGGUGGUACGCACCAAGGACUUGGGCAGACUUGUGUGGGCGUUAGGAACAUUCUGUUACAAAGACGAAGACUUCCUCUUGAACACUGUGGUACCAGUGUUUACAGAGAGUCUGAGUAGAAAUGUCACUGUGCAGUAUCCAGAGUCACUGGUUGAUGUGGCCGUGGGCAUGGCGUAUCUCGGUCUCUACUCUGAUGAUAUAAUCAAUGCUAUAUUCUCUUCGAGUACAGCAGCCAAGUUGAGAGGUAAGGAUGAAGUCACAGACACGUGA